AUGCCACCGAAGCGCGCCGCGAGCGGGAAGGCCAAACGGAAACUGGAGGAGAGCCCGGACCCCGAGACGGAGUCGUCGUUCGGGACAGAGUCGGACGCUGAGGCGGAGGCGGCGGAGCAGCCCAAAGCGAAGGGGCGCGCGAGCAAGAAAGCGAAGGUGGAUCCGAAGGGCGCUGGCAAGGCGAAAGGCAAGGCCAAGGCCACGGCGCCCACCAAGAAGGAAGGGGAUGGCGGUGAAGGGGGCACCAGCGAGCUCGCGCCGAAUGGGCAGCCCACUAACAAGGUCGUCCCCGUGCAUGUCUCCUUCCCGCCGCGCGAGGAGUGCCGCGUCCGCAUUGCGACGUGGAAUAUAUGCGGGCUCGCCGCUGCCCAGAAGAAGGGAUUCAAGUACUACGUCGACGCGGAAGAUCCGGACGUCCUCAUUUUGACCGAGACGAAGGUCAAUAACGAGCCUGUAGACCCCGCGCUCUCCAGCCGGUUCCCGCACCGCUACUGGGCGAUCGCGGAUAAGAAGACCUACUCGGGUACGGCGAUCCUCUCGAAGAUCAAACCAAUAUCGGUCAAUACUACCCUCCCGGGGCAUCCUGACCCUGCGGCAGUCAAGGGCCGCAUCGUCACGCUCGAGUUUGCGAGCUGCUGGCUCGUCGGGACGUAUGUCGUGAACGCCGGGACGGGCUUGAAGACGCUAGACGCGAAGAAGGAGUGGAACAAGCACUUCACGGCGUACAUCCGGAGCUUGGACAGGCAGAAGCCGGUCAUCUGGGCCGGCGACCUGAACGUCGCGCCCACGGAGAAGGACUUGGCCCACCCGAAGCCGAACUGGAACAAGACGCCCGGGUACACAGAGGCGGAGACGAGUGCGUUCGCGCGGAUCCUCGACCCGAGUCUCCCGCCGCCGGACUCCGAGCCCACGUCCGAGGCCAAUGAGGGGGCGAGCAGCUUCGUGGACGUGUGGCGGAAGACGCAUCCCGACCUGCGACAUUACACUUACUUUGGCUAUCGUUUCCAGUGCAGAAGCAAGGGUAUUGGGUGGCGGCUAGAUAUGUUUGUCGUCAGUGAGCGGCUGGAGGACCGGGUGAAGAUGUGCGAGAUCCGGAGCGAGAUAUACGGCGCGUCCGACCACUGCCCAGUGACACUGGAGCUGGAGGGCGCGCUGUAG